ACUGAAUCAUCUUCUCUGUCAGAGCCCACACCAGAGUUGUACCUGGAAAUGCUACCACUCUUACCGUGGCUACGCCAUCUGCUGUGUCAAGUUACAGCAACUAGUUACUUGUUACACAUCACUAUCUCAUCAAUUGCGACAGUGUUUGUGCUUAUGCUCAGUAUCGUAGUCUUGGGUGCAUUAUACGAAGGAAGAAGAAUAUUCCCAAGAUUGAGGCUCAUAAUCCACUUGAAACACAUUUAUGAAACUGACAGCAAUCAGGUUACUACCACUAUACCAUUGGAAACA